AUGGCCUGGAGUUUCCGUGGGAGAGUCCAGCUUGGGGGACUGCUUCUCUCUUUCCUUGGCUGGGUCUGCUCCUGUGUCACCACAAUCCUGCCCCAGUGGAAGACUCUCAAUCUGGAAUUGAACGAAAUGGAGACCUGGAUUAUGGGGCUUUGGGAGGCCUGUGUGAAUCAGGAGGAAGUUGGCACGGUGUGCAAAGGCUUUGAGUCCUUCUUGUCUCUGCCCCAGGAGCUCCAGGUGUCCCGCAUCCUCAUGGUAGCCUCCCAUGGGCUGGGACUGUUGGGCCUUCUGCUUUCUGGCUGUGGGUCUGAAUGCUUCCAGUUUCACAGGAUACAUUGGAUAUUUAAGAGGCGGCUAUGCCUCUUGGGAGGAUCCUUGGAAGCAUCAGCUUCAGCCACUACCCUUUUUCCAGUCUCCUGGGUGGCCUACGCCACAAUCCGAGACUUCUGGGAUGACAGUAUCCCUGAGAUUGUACCACGGUGGGAGUUUGGAGAUGCCCUCUACCUGGGCUGGGCUGCUGGUAUUUUCCUGGCUCUUGGUGGACUAAUCCUCAUCUUCUCCGUGUGCCUGGGAAAAGAAGAUGUGCCUUCUCCGUGGAUGGCCCAUCCCACAGCCCCACCAUCCUGCACUCUACCAGAGGAAUUUGAUGGCUCCUUCCACCUCACCCCAAGACCUAUGAACCUGCUCAUCUAG